ACGGAUGGCCUCGGCUUCCUCUUACUGGCUUAGUUCCGCGUCUCCGCACCCGCGGGUCCCGGUUGCCAUUGCGUGCCUGAGUCACGUGUUGGGGGGAAGCGGGAAGGCGUCGUUCUUCUUUCCUAGCCCCCCCAACCGCCAUGUUUUCAGGCCCGGUCAGCUUUGGUCUUUCCCCGUAAGGAAAUGGCCGGGGCGCUUCAGGGAACCCAAGGGCUGUUGCCUCGGCGGAGCCCGGGCUGACGAGGCAGUGCAGCGGGGUAAACCGGAGCAGUUCUGCGCAGGGUGGGGAGGCCAUGGCGUCUGGCAGUAAUUGGCUGUCCGGCGUGAAUGUCGUGCUGGUGAUGGCCUACGGGAGCCUGGUGUUUGUACUGCUAUUUAUUUUUGUGAAGAGGCAAAUCAUGCGCUUUGCAAUGAAAUCCCGAAGGGGCCCUCAUGUCCCUGUGGGACACAAUGCUCCCAAGGACUUAAAAGAGGAGAUUGAUAUCCGACUAUCCAGGGUUCAGGAUAUCAAGUAUGAACCUCAGCUCCUUGCAGAUGAUGAUGCAAGACUAUUACAGCUGGAAACCCAGGGAAAUCAAAGUUGCUACAACUAUCUAUACAGGAUGAAAGCUCUGGAUGCCAUCCGUGCCUCUGAGAUCCCAUUUUAUGCUGAAGGCCGGCAUCCUCGUUCCUUAAUGGGCAAGAAUUUCCGCUCCUACCUGCUAGAUCUUCGAAACACUAGUACUCCUUUCAAGGGUGUGCGCAAGGCCCUCAUUGACACCCUGCUGGAUGGCUAUGAGACAGCCCGCUAUGGGACAGGGGUCUUUGGCCAGAGUGAGUACCUGCGCUAUCAGGAAGCCCUGAGUGAGCUGGCCACAGUGGUCAAAGCACGAAGAGGGAGCUCUCAGCGACACCACCAGUCAGCAGCCAAAGACCUAACCCAGUCUCCUGAAGUCUCGCCAACAACCAUCCAGGUGACAUACCUCCCCUCCAGCCAGAAGAGUAAACGUGCCAAGCACUUCCUUGAAUUGAAGAGCUUUAAGGACAACUAUAACACACUGGAGAGUACUCUGUGAUGGGGCUGAAGGACUCUCUGUUGAUGGAGCCAGACAGACUGCAGCGUGCUUGCCCGGCAGCCCUCAGGUCAUCUGGCUCAGCAACCCAGACUGGAUCAGCUGACGCUCCAGUUGUGUUUAGAGCUCUUGCCUAGAAGAUCAUUCUCCAACGCUUUCCUCUGGCCAGUUUUAGAGCAUCAGUUAAGACUUUAUUUUCCCUUGGUAGCACUUUUCUCUGGAUUUGAAUUCAUAUGUUUUUCUUAAUCUUUCUGUCAAAGGUUCCUUGAAAAUCCUCACUUGAUUUUGAUCAUGGUUCAUCUGCUCUUUUCCAGACUAUAAAUAAAUCCUGAGGGUGAGA